UUAAGACUAGCUGUACAUCCCGUGGGAAAAUCCAUUCAAGCAGAGGAACACGUUUAUUAAUGUCAGCAUUCAUCAGUCCAUAUACAUUUUUUCUUCAAACAAAAUUGUAAAAAUAUUUGAGUUGAAAGGUUCUUUGAUGACGUUAUCUUUUCAUUAAUUUUAAAACAAGUUGGCUAGGCUCUGACCAGAAGAAUUUGCCUAAAUUUAGUCCAUGGUAACCCCUAGUUACUACUCUAUUUCUUGCGAUGGCCUGGUUAUUUUUUACUUAAAUAUUUUGUUAUACAGUAAUUAAUCGACUGACAUAAAACCGGCAAAAAACUUUCAACAAUACACUCUCUAAAAUCUAUUCUUGUGGCAAAACUUUAACGUAAUAAUAACAAACUGUCACGUUGCAAAAAAUUGAUUUGAUCUGAGGCUGUCGUCACAAUCCAUCUAUUCAUCUUCCCAAUUCAACUAACAGCUUGCAACGGAAGUCUAGACGUGUUAAGCAGGGCCUGCCAAAGAAACAAAAACAACUCGUUGAUUAUCACAAGCAUAAUAAGGCAUCGCACACACGUCUGUGGAAUGACUGAAGAAUAAUAAAGCACCGCACACACGCCCGAGCAAUGACAGGACGGACAAGUACUGUUUGUAAUACCCACAAUGAGGUGAAACUUUUUUGCCACAAUGGCAGAAACAUGUUUUUCAUGGUUCCGACGUUAAAAACCGCGACGAAUGAUAGUGCAAGUCAGUCAAACGUUUAUGUGCCCACGCUUAACGUCAUUUUUGAGUUUCUAUGUACACCACAGGUUGUUACAAAAGGACAAUACGCCUACAGCAAAGAAAGGAAAAGCAAAGGGUUCUGAAUAAUUUCUUGACCCAAGUUGUGUACCUUACCCUUUUGUGUUUCCGUUGAAAUACACCUUAAACCUGCUUUGGAAUUUAAAGGUUUUGAUGUGGGUGUUUUUUCGUAUCUAAAGGGAAAUGUUUUUAUCCUUUUUAUUAAAUGCACAUUGAGAUCGCUAAUCACUACCUUUUUCCUGAAAUCUUAUUUUAAUCAUUCAAAAAUCCUUUAAAUUUGUCUUUUCAGUUCCUUUAUUCGCUGAGAUUAACCUUGUAUUUUCGGUUCCGGCUGAUAAGUAUUUCCACUCAUACACUUUAUAUUUGCUUAAAAUACUCCGUAUAAGUAAGCGCGUCCAGCCAUGAAAACCCUAAAUCGAGAAAUUCGUUGAAUAAAAUAACUUUUAAUAUUAUUUUCUUCGAUUUAAAUUAUAAAAAGAAGUAUCCCAACAGCUUUUUUCGUUUAUUCCGAAUUUACUUUCUAUUGACACAGCACUACCUUACAAAGUCUAAAAACUAUAAACAAAUUAAUGUAACCGCCCCUUUGAUGUCAUAAAUAUGCAUUCAUUGAGACGCCCGGGAGGCUCUAACGAGAGUCAUUUUUCUUAAUCACGUUUAAAAUAGAAGAAGCUUUAAAGAAAGUCUUUCAUUACAGAAGUGACAUUUGCGACGUAUGUACUUAAUAAGCUCAAGGAAAUAAUAACAUUAAGGAUUGAAAUUUUGAAUCCGUGGAAAUAUUUAGCGUUAUAACAACAAUUGUGUGAACUUGUGAUCGAGCAGAAAGAUAAAAUCAUAACAGGGGUACAUCCGAAGUAAGUUCAUUUGAACAAGAUAUCUGUUUACCUUCAGAUCAAAAGACUAUACAGAAUAAUGUACUGUGUACAGAGAGAUUACAAUAUUAUAACGCAUUGAAACCCCGGAACUGAAUCAGAAUUGUAAUACGUAUCCAGCUAAUUUCUAAAAGAAACGCGGGGGUCGAUGACGCGUCUGGCCACAGCCAUAAAUAGACAAAGGAAUUAUGAAGUAGUUAUUCAACUCAAGCCAAUACUUUAAAUGAGCAGAGGUAAAAACGAAAAGAAAAAAACGAAAUCACACACACAGACAACAGAAAAUGAAAGUCAACCAACCACUGGUAGUUAUUCUUGCUGUUGUGUUUUUAUUCACGCACAAUGAAGUCACUGGGAGAGGGAUAUACAGGUUGUUAAAGAAACGCGGUUUUGACAAAGAGUACCGAAUCUGCAACACAAAAACCUUGAUGUUGUUCUUCCGUAUCAUCUGUCGAUACCAUAAACCGACAGUUCGAACAAAGCUGCCAAGUGUUGAGAUUUCCAACUUCGUGGAAAAGAAAAGAGCACAUACAUUUUUAAGAACACGUCAUUCAAUUCCUUAUCAGUCGACUGAUCAAAACUACAUUGACGAAUGCUGCAAUCAUAAAAAAUUUGGCUGUAAUGUACAUGAAAUACAUGACUACUGCGAUUCCAUACCACCUGGUGUAAUCACGAAUUUGAAGUGAACGUAAGGUUUGACGUUAGCAACGUAAACAAACCGUGACAGAACAGACGGCACCCUGUUGUCUGAGAUCUCCAUUAACACGUCACAUAAAGUAAUUUGAUAGUGAAGAACUUUGCACGGAAUGCAAACCAAUCAAUAAUGGACCGUAGAGGUGUUUCGCCAAGAAACCAGGGCCGUUAAAAGACACGCACACACCACACAAAAGACAACCUCGAUUCCAGGACCGUCCGUCUUCAUUUUACUGCCCAUAUGCAAUAAGAUAAGAUAAGAGACAAAAAGAGCAAACAACAAUGCUGCACAUAAGAAAUAGAUUUUUGAAAUUUCUUGUGUCUAAUGAUUUGAGUUAUAUACCUUAUAUGAUUCUUAUAGCGUUUAGUUGUAAAAUACAGAAAUACUGUAUUUGGUUUCUACGUGUAGCUACUUUAGCAUA